AUGCUCGUCGACACUCAAUCAGCAGCAGCGCCGCCGGUCCCGAACCCAUCGAUGCUCGACGAUUCCAUGACUGCAGACGCCGAACCGGCGCCGGCAACGCCCCCACUCCCCGGCACAGACCAUGACGUGGAACUAGCGUCGAUACAUGUGCCUGACGAGGCUGCUCUGGCCGCUGCAGCAGCAGCCAUGGCUGCAGUCGCUCAAGGCCAAACAGAGAGCAUUGAUGAAGGCCAGGCGAUGGACGACAAUCCGAACGCUCCCGGUGACCUCGACUCGUAUCUGCUCGCCGCUGCUGCAGCCUCGGUCCAUGCACAGCAGCAGCACGCUGGCGACGAUCAACAGAAAGCGCAUUCCGAGGACAGCUUCGACUCCAGCGCAACGCCCAAUCCCAACAGUGUCGGCACCAACGGCACUUCUGUCAACGGCUCUGACACAGACGAUACUCGCACUGCCAUUCAGGACCAAUGUCACAAGUACAUCGACCACCUCUCGCCCUUCCCUCUCCCCAUCGGCAAGCGCACGCCAGGCGGCUCUGCCCAGCACUGCGCAGGUCCUGACGGCACUCGGACUGCGCCACAAGAUUUCAGCCAAUUACCCUUCACCGAGGCAACUGUUGAGCUCGGCAAGACCCGAUGUUACUGGGCCCUUCUCUCGGCAGACCAUUCUCAAGGCAAGGGUCCAACAGGCGAGAGGCUUCAGUUCGUUUACCUCGAUCCCGUCUUGCAGCAACACAUGGCUGAACAGUCCAGUCUGAUGGUCGGCUCCGACUUCUACGACUAUGUCCACCCCGAGGAGCGAGACCGCGUCUGCGACGACAUGCAAAAGAUCGUCGAGAGUCGGACCCUCUUCGGCAGUGUCACACGAUGUCGCUACUCGCGCGUGCCUCACAUUCGCGAGCUGCUCGGCGCUGUCGAUCCUCCCCGCGACCCGGAGGCAGAUCGUUACGUCGAGGACGACAGCUUUGUGGCCAUCGACAUCAUCAUCAACUGGAUCGGCGAUGGCAUGCUCCUGUGCUUCUUCCACGCCAUCAUCGACAAGGCGGCGGAGGACAAUGACGAGCAUCACAAGUCGGAGUGGACGAAUUGGUGCGGCAUUCCCGGAGGCACUUUCACAUUGCGGCAGUGCGACUCGCUUUGGAAGCAGGUCAAGGCCACGCCGAGAGAGACGAUUCCCGACGCUGGACCGGAUCACGUCUUUCAGGUGCUCGAGGCAGGUGGUGACAACCGCGUGUUGCUGAGCUGGCCGCCACCGCGACUGUUCUUGCGCGAUGUCGAGCCCAGCUUGGUUUCGCAGUCGGAAACGACGGCGUUCAAAGACGGCUCCUACUUUGCCGACGACUUUGCUCGUCUCGCACAGGGCGUUUCUAUCGCACCUGCCUCGUCGUCCCUGUCAGACGCAAAUACAAGCUGCACACGGCGCUUCCGUGCCAAGCACACUCUCACUACCGAGGGCAAGAUUCGCAACAUCGAAAGCGUCCUCAUACCUUAUGGCGGCGUCAUCCUGGCUUGCUUCCAGACGACCUCCCAGCAACCGCUACCGACGCCUGACGCAAAGCAUGUUCUGCAAGCGCAGACUUCGCCGCAGAAUCAGCCGGAAAGACGCAAGGCCGAGGACGACGCAUCGACAGAGUCUCCCAACAAGCGUCAGCGGACGGAGCUUGACAUCCAGUCGAAUGAAUUAACAGCAUAUGUCACAAACGGCAUCAAGCCUCAGACGGCGGCUUCCAUUGCCGUAUCGACGCUGCCAGCUGCCAAUGCGGCUGCCCCGGCUUCGACGCCUCAAACUCAGGAGCGUGUCGCGCCAUCGAAUGGCCACACCGUCAAGCCUGCAAAUGGGCACGCACACAAGCCGUCCAUCUCGAAGUACCACAAACCAGCGAUCAAGUCAGAGUCCGGUGGCAUUUCCGCGCUUGGAAGCCUGAUGUACACGAAUGCGCCUGCAAAACCGCCCGCAACUCCUGUCGCCAAUCGACCCGCGGACCGCAAGACCAGCACGCCGGCGUCGAAGGCAGCCAACGGGCGCUCGCACCACAAUGCUUCGCCAUCGCCUGCCACCGCAGCCGCUCUGGCCGCUGCCGGUGACUCGCCCGAUUCGCCCAAUAAAGCCUGCACGGGCUGCGGUAAGAUCAACAGUCCCGAAUGGCGUCGUGGGCCAUCGGGGCACAAGACGCUGUGCAACGCCUGCGGUCUUCGAUACGCCCGCUCGCUCUCGCGCAAGAAGAAGAAAAAGGGCAAGGACGGCGAGGUCGAGUUCAUCGAGCCGACGGGCGAUCCGAGUAUUGUGCCGAAGAGCCGAGGCGGUGGCGGUGGAAGUCUGCCAGGCGUGCACCGCAAGAACAGCAAGAAGAGGAAGGAGGAAGAGGCUAUCAAAGCUGCCGCUAGUGCAGGCGGGGCGGCGACGAAUGGAGCUUUAGCGCCUGUAGCCGUACGAGCGAUGUCGACGUCCAGCUCAUCCUCUGCAUCAUCGACGCAGAACCCUGCUGCGACCGCGACGCCAGCAGCAAAGUCGGUAUCGCCAGUCAAAGCGGAGGCGCCCGAUGCUGUCAAGGUCGAAAGCGCUAGCGCGCCGACUGUAGCCGACGUGAGCUCCACGGCUGCUGCCGGUGCCGAUAGCAAGCAAGCAGACGCCGAUGCUGAACCGACCGAGUCCACGGACCCUGCGCAUUCACUCGCCGUCUCGAUUGCACUCGACGCUAUCGCCCAGGCAUCCUCCACCGCCCCACUGAUCGAUAGCGACUCACUCUCGCUCCCCGUCUCGAACGCGAUCAGCCGCGCCAUCGCCGCCACCAUCGGCAGCACCGACGCCAACCCCGAGAGCCAAGCGCUCCCGACUGCGAUCGGCGAGACCGACGAGCUGGACCCAGCCGUCAGCGCCGCAGCCCUGCAGACCAUCGAGAGCGUCGUCUCGGAAGCGCUGUACAAGCAGCUCGUCCACUCGUCCCUGCCCGAAACGCCGCCCGCCGAUGCGGUUAAGAGCGACGAUGGCGGGUUGGAUCUCAGCAGCGCGCUCACGGCUGAUGCCAUUCGAGCCGCUGCGCAGGCUGCGGUGGCGCAUGGGGUGGCCGAGGAGUAG